AUGAGCGUUACGGCAACAGCGGCGGCCGCCGCCGUGGCCGUGAAAGACUUCGUGACCGUCGUCUCGGUGGACGGCGGCGGCGGCGAGACCUGUACCGCCGGCGGCGUCCAUCAGCGGGCCGCCUCCGAAGAAGAUUCGUUCGUCACCGUGCUGUCCAUCGGCGACGGGCCUGCGGCGGACGCCGUUGCCGCGGACGGCGGCGCGGACCCCGAAGAAGUGCUCGUCUACCGUCUGCCCGGCGAACGGCUGGGCUUCGGGCUGCGGUUCGACGGCGUGGACACGUGCAACCGCCUGUUCGUCCAGUCGUGCGCCGACGGCAGCCCGGCGUCCCGGACCGAGGCGUCAUGGGGGCCGCUGAGCGCCGGCGACGAGAUCGUCCGGAUCAACGGCCGGCCGGUCAACAAGCUGAGCCGGGACGAUUGCGUCCGGUACCUAAAAGAGUCCGGGCUGGUCGUCAAGCUGCACAUGAUCGACGGCCGGCUGGUGGCCAAGGCCCCGCCGCCCGUCCCGCCGCGGAAACAAAAGAAACCGGAACCGCCGCCGCCGAUCGCCUCGUCCGCCGUGUACACGGACGCCGUCGAAAGGCAAGUAUAUCCAUACGUGUUGUUGUUUUCGAUUUUGAACGGAGCGGCAAGUUUUUUUUUUUUUGAAAAAAAGGUUUUCGAACCUAGUGUUUUAAACACACAGUUUAUACGGGUCGCAACAUUCCGGAUUUAGUUUGCGCGUCGAGAAGGCCGUUCUUUGAAAAAUUCCGUGUGUUUUUCUCAUUAGCGGAGUGAAAGAAACGGGAAUGUUUCGUGCCGUGUUUCCGGUGAAAACCGAUUUUAUUCGUUUGUUUUUUAAACUCGGCGAGAAAUGAUCGCAGGAGACCGGCAAUUUCCAUAAAUUACUGGUUGUGAAAAGAAAAAAAAAAACGAAACCGAACCCCGCCCACCGUGUAAUGAUAAUAUCUGGAACGCGUCAUUUUUCAAGGAGCGGACCCGUUGGAUCUGUUCAGUCCGGUUCGAUCGCAUUUCGGAUGUGACAGAUCGGAGAAUAUAAAUUUUAAUUUUGAAACCGUUCACUUCCGUUCUAGCCGACGGCGAUUUCGGCGUUCGCGUCUUCUGCCCGAUUCGUUUUGCCCAGUGAUGUGGACGGAACGCUAGAAAGCCGAACCGGACGAAUGCGCUUGUUGGUGUUGUAUUUACACGCUAACCGAUUUACGUUCCUUUUUUAUUUACGUUGA